CUCUUGCAUAUUUCUUGUCAAACUCAUUAAUUUUUCAGGCAAGAUUAUGGAUCCCGUCAACGCAAAAUUGGUUCUUAUGUUGGUCAUUGCAGCCCUUAUGUCCAAUACAACAACAGUACUAGCUUCCAGGGACUUGGGCCACUUGGCGACAACAAUUCGUUACCCUGCUGGGCAUAACUUGGCAGCUCGGAUCUAUCGAGAAGACGGUGCUGGCAUGGUUGAGUGCUGGAAUGCCCUGUAUGAAUUACGAUCAUGCACUAAUGAAAUUAUACUUUUCUUCAUGGAUGGAGAGAUGUAUCUUGGUAUUGAAUGUUGUAGAGCUAUUCGUAUCAUAACUCGUGAAUGUUGGCCAUCAAUGCUUACAUCUGUAGGCUUUACUGCUGAAGAGGGAGACACUUUACGUGGUUAUUGUGAUGCUUCACACUCUACUGCACCUCGUUCUUCACCGGUUACUAUGCUUCCACCGGCAUAACUCACUCCUGCUCAGUCACCUUUCGAUUGACCAAAU